AUGCUGAAGGAGGUGGGAGGACCUUUCGCGGACGACACGCGCAUCUCGCUGGUGAAAAAGUUAAACGACUUGAAGUUCCCGUCCCUGGAGGAUCGCACUGAGGAUGGGGCUAACAAGGCAGAGGAGGAAAAGAAGAACACGGAUGAGGUGACGCCCCCGGCCGUCACUUCAGAGGUUCCUGCUGAAGGGGAAGACGAAGAGGAGGAUGAGGAUGACGGGUAUCUCAGCGACGACCCGGAAGAACGCUUCGAUCCCGUGAAGGCGGGAGAGAUUGCCGCGCGUACUGGUUUUUCGAUCACGCUGCUGAUCCCGAUCAAGUACGAAGAGGAGGUGGAGCGGCCUAUUGACACGGUUAACGGCCUGCUGGCGCUGUGGAGGAGGCAUAUGUCGGCGCACGUUCUGACAACGACAAAAUGUCAAGUGCUCUUACCGGCGUGGUUGUCAAAGAAACGUUACGGACGGCUGCAAGUUACCUUCCAGCAGGCGUCGGAUGCGAACUACGCAUGGUGUCGCAGAGUCGAGCACAAGAUGCUGAACGGCGUAGGCAUCACCCUCGACUGGCAGCACCCGGAGAACCCGCUAUACAUCAUGGAACGCGCGAAGCACCCGGACUCGAUUGAAGUGCUCUUGAAGAGUGUGCCGGCCGCCAUAACACCGGAGAUGGUUUAUGAGUACCUGGUGCAGACGGUGCUGGAGAAGCGUGGCAGGACCCCUUUUCUUAGCGGCUCUGCCUUUCAUCGGGUGGUUGAUCCGGUUACUGGUGCGGACACAGACAAGAUCAGGGGGCUGGUCAAAGGCCACCCGGGGGAUAAGUAUCGCUGGUGGCAUUUGUUGACUGACUCGGAGGCGUGUGGAAAGGCGCAUGGCUCCAGCUUCACCCAGGCGGUGGAACAUGUGAAGUCGGUCCAGCACUGCACCGCACUCCUGCAAGGGGGUCGGCCAGCAGGAAAAGCAGGGGGGAGAUGA